ACUGCCUGCGCUUCCAUCGGCGUCCGCUAGUACAGGCUGAUCAAGAAGUGAGUGCAUUUCACUUUUGUUUGAAUACGCAGUGAGGAAAGGAGGGUUCUUUCUGUUUUGUGCCAUAUUUAGUUUGCCACAAAAAGAAACGUAAUGCAAUUCCUCGCUUGCAAGUGUGCUCGAGUCAUAGCAUUAUAAAAGAACGUUACAAUUUGCCAUGGAGCGGCAAAUUCACCAAGCUGUCGACGGAUCAACAACUUCUGAGAAAUAACAUAGCUACUGGGCUGCUUCCUCCGUGGACGCCGUUAACGGCGAUGGGGAUUCAUAUUUGAACAUUGGCUCUAUAGUUUAAAGGAGACUGUCCUGUUAUACAAACACACUGUAUGGCUUUCAUAAUGAUGAAGAAAAAGAAAUUCAAGUUUAAAGUCGAUUUUGAACUGGACGAGCUGUCCUCUGUUCCCUUUGUCAACGGAGUUCUGUUCUGUAAAAUCAGGCUUCUGGAUGGUGGCUUCACAGAAGAAUCGUCCAGGGAGGUGGUACAAGCUAACUGCGUUCGCUGGAGGAACAUGUUCUCGUUUCUGUGUAAAAUGAGUGCCAGUGCCAGUACUGGAGUGCUGGACCCCUGUGUCUGCAGGGUAUCAGUGCGAAAGGAAAUGAAAGGAGGAAAGACAUAUGCAAAGGUUAGAAGUGUUUGUUUUUUCCCUCUUGGGUUUGCUGAUCUGAAUCUGGCCGAGUUUGCUGGCUCUGGCAACACGAAGCGGAGGUGCUUACUUGAGGGCUAUGAUACCAAAAACACCCGGCAGGAUAAUUCCAUUCUGAAGGUUUUAAUCAACAUGCAGCUGAAGUCUGGGGACCCCUGCUUUAAAACACCCCCUUCAACAGCAAUGUACAUAGGGAUACAAGGAGAAGCUGAACAUUUACAUCAAGAUCGGAAGGGAAGAGAUACACUGAAGCCUUUAUUUGGUAUUUCAGACCCCCCAGGAAAGUGUGCCUCGGUUCCAGAGGAACUUGGAGUGUGUGGUCACUCCAGAACAUCAAGCUAUGCUAGUCAGCAGUCUAAAGUAUCAGGGUACAGUACAGGGCACUCGCGCUCCUCAAGCCUGUGUGAGCUUUCCCACAGGAGGAACGCCUCUGUGGGCAGCGCAUCGACAGGGAUCGGAAGCAUCCCUGAACCCAGCGAGGAGAGCUCCCCAAGGGUAGGACCUGCUGCUGCUGGGGCUGCUUCUGCUCCCAUGCCAGGGCACCUCACCCCAGUCAAGAGUGGCUCCUCUUCCGAGCGGCUCUGCAGGCAUGCAGUGAAGCAGGACUCUGUGGAGUCUCAGCUGAAGCGGGUCGAUGCCACCAGGGUUGAUGCCGAUGACAUUGUGGAAAAGAUUCUGCAGAGUCAGGACUUCACUCGCAGUCUGCUGGACUCCAGCGCAGAAGAAGAGGGAUUACGGUUAUUUGUGGGGCCUGGAGGAAGCACUGCUUUGGGGAGCCAUCAUCUACCCGCAAGGGUUGGAGCAGGGGCUUAUGAACAAGUGGUGAUAAAGCGUUAGAAGAGAGAGGCCAGACAUUCAGAGAAGCAAUGACAUGGAAAGGAAAUCUCAGCAAAGGGGCAGAGGCGAGACUGUUGUGUUUCACUUCAUUCCAGCAACACUUACACAAUCCUUGAAUUUAAAGCCGGGGGGACCCACUGAAGAGCUACUACACACAGCCUGUAUAAACAAGCACCUUUGAGUGUUAAGUCAGUGAAGUAGUAGCAUAGAUAGAGUAUUUACACUUGAUAUGUUGUGAAGGAGAAGAAGAAAAAUCAGAUCCAGAAAAAUGGAGUGUGUGUAUCAGGUUAUUCACAUUAUAAAGCUGCUUAUAAGAGUGAGUUUCUCUUCAAAAGGAAUAUUGACAUUCUCUGUUACCCAGAUUGUAUCAGUUGUUUUGUUUAAUAAUGAAUUUUGAUUUGUAGAUGCUUUUGAUCUACAACUACGGCGAAAAGUUUAGCAUCACCUAGAAUUUUAGGAUUGUGACAUAACAAAAAAAACUAUAUGAACAUAAUUUAGAUCUUUUAUUUAACAUCAUGUAAUCAAAGAAACUACAAAACAAUAUUGCAAAAGUCAAAAGGAUAGCACAGACAUAAACAUCUUUAUUUUAAUAUUGAAGUCAAAUGAAUGACUGUAAACUCAGGUAAUCUAGUUUGGAAACACGAGAAAACUGAAGGCAAACCUUGCCUUUGCUGUGAUUCGGUUUUUGAGAACCAAUUUGAGAAUAACUGACCUUUUUUAUUACAAACAAACACAAAAAAAACAUUCAAAUAAGCCACAUAAUGAGUCUGUCAGUGGAAAUUCCUUAGCAGUGCUUCUGACAGUUGUAUAUUCCAACCGUGAGUAGAAAACAACUUUUCUUAAUUGUUUUUGUUCUAUACACUAUAUACAAAGGGCAGAUAUACCUAUAAAUGUACCUUAUUUGUUUGGAGGCUAAUAUGACAAAGUUUAUUUUUUUUAUUUUUAUUUUUUUUUAAAUAACGAAAGUCUGAUGCUAGCCAGUUCUAGACAAAAACAUUUAGUUGUGUCAUGAAUUUGUAAAACAAAUACUAAGUAAAAUAAAAUAAAAUAAAGUACUAUUGACUACUCUUGAGCCAUCCUGAUCCACGUUCACAGAAAUAAUUGUGCUUUCCUGUCACUAUUUUAAUAAAGUAAAAUACUGAGACAGUUUUUUUUAAAUGUUAAAGUUUUAAUUGUGCUCGUCAAUGUUUCACCACUACUAUCUUUACGAUCUUUGUGGUUCUUGGGUAUCCAAUUGGAAUUCUAUUUUGAAGAGGUUUGAAAACGUGCUUAGUGUUCCAUUGUUGUGUACCCCCAAUUACAAAAAGCUGAUGUUACCAAGCCAUGUAAUGAAAAGAAAAAGAAGGUGUCAUAAUACAGUAUUAGCCCCUGGGAGGUCAGCCUUUGAACCUGAAAUUGGGUCAACUGAAUGUCUAUAGUAGGAACGUAAAUCUUUGUAUUUCUAAAGCCAGAUAAAGAUCACAUUCACUUUUUUUCUGUUGCCUAGCAUGACUCCCAACAUUUUCUCUAAAUUGUGAACCUAUACUAAAGGACGGCACUGUUUUAUGACCUAAUGUUGUUGUUUUUUUUUGUCACUUGGACACAGUUGGCUUAACUUAUUUCUGAACAUGUCUGUAAGUUUAUUUUCUGUGCAAAACCUGUGGAUUAUUAUUAUUAUUAUUAUUUUGUGUUACCUGGGAUAGCUUUACUGGGCUGCUGCCACACCUCAAGUUAAUGUAUACUUUGCAGCCUUUUCUAAAAGCCAUUUUCCAAUUGUUUCUUAGCUUGUUAAAAAAUAUUACCACUUCUAAGAUUAUUGAAGUUUUAAUUGUUAUGUUUUUAAGUCAGGUUAUGCCCACUCAAGGAUGUACAACUCAAAUCAAGGAGCAUCUUUCCCAGCACGGCAGACUUGAGGGGCUGAUUUCCUUGAGUGGGUGCCAUCCUACAGUAUUCCAAAACAUUUCAAUCUUAAACAUUAGAACUUCCUACAAUGACUGUCAAAGUGACAAAAUUACUAUGGCUAAGGAAAUGUAGAAAAAUAACAAUUAUACAGCAUAUGUCUUUGUCUACUCUCGUUGAUGGUAAAAAAAAGUUAUAA